AUGUUCCGAAACUUGAGACCAGGGUUGUAUGGCCCUCUGCCGACUUUCUUCGCCGAUGACCAAGACCAAGCAAUCGAUUACGACAGCUACAAAAAGCAUCUUUUGAAUCUUGCUACAAAGGGCAUCACUCCAGUAUGCGCAGGUUCUUUAGGAGAAGCCGUUCACUUGAGUCCAGAAGAACGUGUGGAACUUAUUCGGUUCAUUCGAACCACAUUAGAUGAAGCUGGACUGCCUGAAAUGCCGAUUGUGGCAGGUGUAGGUGGCUCCAGUACGCGUGAGACGAUUCAACUUGCCAGAGCAGCAGCAAAUGCUGGAGCAGACGCUGGGCUUGUAAUUCUACCGGCUUACUACGCAGCCAGCCUCGAUGCGGACCAGGAACAGGUGAUCCAGUAUUACAUUGACAUAUGCGAAUCAUCUCCGAUACCACUAUUCUUAUACAACUUCCCAGCGAACUCAGCAGGCCAAGACAUGUCAUCCGAAGUGAUCGAAUCCAUCAUACGUAGAGCACCGAAUUUGUGCGGUGUAAAACUCACCUGUGGCGGAAGCAUUGGCAAGCUCGUCCGUCUCUCUAUGACCAUCAGAUCCGAACCUGAGAUCAACUCAAGCAGACCAUAUCCCUUCUUAUUACUUGACGGACUCAUUGCAGACCUAACUCCAUGGAUGCAGUGCGGUGGCCACGGUACUGUGAGUGGUAUUCCGAAUUUUGCGCCAUCGUCUUCGACCAGACUGUGGUCACUCCUCAACAAGGACAAACUUUCGGCCGACGACAAGCGAGAGGUCGACAGGAUCCAAGCCAUACUUUCCAAAGCUGACGUAGCUGCGGUUCCGGCCGGUGUGAGGGGAAUGAAAUAUGUAUUGAGUGAAUUACAUGGAUACGGAAAUGCGCCAAGGAGGCCGUUACUCCCAUUAAAAGAUGAAGAAGGAAGCAGACUUCUCGAGUUAUUCAGUGACAUGAUUGCAUUGGAGAAGGAGUACUCCUGA